AUGGGAUCCUGGAGCAUAGCCAUAGAUACCCCACCCAAUGUUGUUUCCAUUGGUCCUUACUACAAUGGUAAACGUCACCUGAAACAAAUGCAAGCUCUUAAAAGAAUAGCACUUUCUCACUUCAUAGACCGAACCAACAAGCCCAUCGAAUGCUACACAUCUAAACUGAUUAAGCAUGUGGAUCAAAUGAAGGCUUCCUACAAAUAUCUAGACCGGACAGCUUGGCACGAUAAUGAUGACAAAUUCAUUGAGAUGAUGAUGUUAGAUGGAUGCUUCAUUCUUGAAUUCUUGGAUAUUGCUGAUAAGUUUCCGUAUUAUUACAGUGAUCCCAUGUUUAGUUGCCAUGUUUUCGUCUUGAACUAUGAUCUAGUGAUGCAAGACUUGUUUAUGGAGAACAAUCAGUUGCCAUAUAUGGUACUUGCGACGUUGUGGUCGAUUGGGUUCCCCGACAAUGAGAAACAUGAGGGGCGCGGAUUCUUAUCCAAGAUGAUGUCUGUCAUUAAGUACCCAGACCCAUGCUUUGAUCAGGUGCUGCAUUAUGUGAAAGGAGCAAUGGAACAAUAUGCACUGGAGGGGAAAAGACGCAUAUGUUGUGCGUCAGAGCUUUACCAGUCUGGAGCCAGAUUUGUGCAGGCGCCCUUCUCUGAUACCGAGUUCAUCAGUGAAAACGGAAUCCUCAAACUUCCAUCUACGAGCAAGCUGAGGAGCCUACUGUAG